GGUGAAAGAGACGAAAAAUGAUCGAGGUUUUGCAUCUUAUCGCUCCGGGUUACAUUUCACCGAAAAGGAAAUCGAAAGUGCAGUGUUUCAAAACACAGAAGGGAAAACCUUCUUUCUGUGACCCAUGUAACUAAAAACACUUCAAAGGUCACAAUAACAAUAAAUAGAAAACGAAAAUGACAGAAAUAAGAUAAAAAUAGAUGAAAACAGUUUGACGUAAGAGAGCAAAGAGGGUGCUAGGGGAUUCCCCGUGCAACACAAUGGCGAAAUGAAACCAUUGUAGUUGUGUUCGAACUCUUCCUUACGAUUUAUCAGCUGUAUUUACCUGAGGGAAGGCUAGGACAUUUUGAACUCAUCUUGACACUAAAGUCAACAUUUAAACUGCCCAGCCAAAAAAGAACUUUGAGCCAGCGAAAUCAGAAAAGAUCGAGACGAAAUCAAAUCAUCACAAAAGCGUGUGAGGAAAAUGGAUGAAGACGAGCCGGUCGCUAAAAGAGCAUGCUUGGGUUGUGAGGAUGACUACAUUAUGGAUAUAUACAGCCUCGUACAGCCAGGACAACAGAGCCAGCUUUACCUCUAUCUAACCAAAAGUGGAGGCCAGAGCAGAAAAACCUUCCUACAGGAAGAACAAUCUCGACUUGGCAUGAUGAGGGUCCAUGUUGACAAAUUCUGUACGAAAGAGAAAGAAGCGCGGUCUAUAAUUGCUGAGUUGAAAACGGGUGAUUUUGGAGCAGUUAAACGGAUCGAAAGAAUAAAGAUCGACCAGUUUACACUGCCAGAGAAGUUAACUUACACACUUCCGCAUGGCCGCGUAGCCUCGCUGAAGAUAAUUGUAAAACUGACCAGCGAAAGGGAUGAGCUGCUCCUCGAAACGGAGCAGUUGGAGGUAAACCUACCUUCGACUCAUUUGAUUGAGACGAAACCAGCGGUGGAGCAUGGCAACAAUCCUGAGUAAAGGGAGGGACAGAAGUUCUAUUGGAGUGGCGGAGAGGCGCGUGACGUUUAGUUCGAGACGGCGCGAGUUGCUGCGAUUAAACGCACUACAUUGGUCGCCUGAGGUGGCGGUCCGGACUGAGCCUGUCCAGGGUCGUGAGACCGUGAUGUACCGUGGUUGGCGCAAGUGUGGAGCCGUAUGUUGACAGCUAAGACGGCAGAAGACGCCUUAAUCGUCCGAACUACGCUUAUCUGCCCUGUAAACAUGUAAAUAUCGGAUUGAUUUGAAUGAAAUACAGUAUCAGUUCAUAACGUGUUACGUA